AUGGCACUGACCCGCGACCAUCUGGCAUCUCUACCCGCCAGCUUCUUCAAAGCCGUUGACGCCCGGGAUCUUGACGGUAUAGUCUCCCACUUCGCGCCGCAUGCUACUUUCACCGUGCAAACCGACCAUGUCACGGCCACCGGUGUCGACGAGAUCCGCAAUAUCUUUGCAGCAUUCAUCCAGUCGUCCCGAACGAUGUGCCACGAGAUCACCAACAUCCUUGUCGAUGAGGUCAAUCGCAAGGUUUCCAGCGAGCAGACUUACCUUGGAGAGCUCAUGGACGGUACGCAGAAUGAUAUGCGGAAUUGCAACUUUUUUGACGUCGAUGGUGAUGGCAAGUUUACAAGGGUGGUGGUUUGGAUGGCGGGAACGAAUCCCCUGAAGCAUCCUGCCAGGCACGAUACAGCUUAA